CCUCUUUGCAAAGGAGAACCUCAACCACAUGAGUGAGCAGCAGCUCAACCUCUACGACAGGCUCAUCAACGAGCCCAGCAACGACUGGGACAUCUACUACUGGGCCACAG